UAAUUAAAAUAACCCAUUAAAAAAAGCAGCCGUCGGUCGACUCAAGAAGGGUUUUAAGGAGGUUUUAAGCCGAGAAGCCAUGGGUUCUUUCUUCUCUUCAAUUGAUUCUCAAAGUCAAAACCCCAAUUCCUCUUCUGAUUCAUUAAACCCUACCAUGACCUCUUCCGAUCCCGAAUCCUCAAAAACAGAUCAAUCAACAAAACCCACCGAACAAAACCCAGAAGAGGAAAACCAGGAUGUCGUAGAAGAAGAGGAGGAAGGAGAAUGUGGGUUUUGUUUAUUCAUGAAAGGAGGUGGGUGCAGAGAUGCUUUUAUAAAUUGGGAAGACUGCGUCAAAGAAGCUGAAGCUGAAAAGAAAGAUGUUGUUGAAAAGUGCUUUGAUGCGACUGCGGCUCUGAGGAAAUGUAUGCAGGCCCAUUCUGAUUAUUAUGAGCCCAUUUUGAGAGCAGAGCAAGCUGCCGAGGAGGAGAUCAAGAAGGAAUUGGAGAAAGAAGCUGCCGAGGAGGAGGUCAAGAAGGAAUUGGAGAAAGAAAAAGAGGAAAAGGAUCCGAAAGAGAAGGAAUCAGAGAAAUAGGAAAAGGAUCCGAAAGAGAAGGAAAAAGAAAUGGUUGCUGAUUUCAGGGAUUCUAAGAGUGGUCAAUCAGAUGGUAUAAAUGAGCUGGUCAGUUCUAAACUAAACACAGAUAACAAUUGUUGAUUUUGGGUGUGCUUUCACAUCCUGACACACACAUGACGCAAGAGAGGGAGGGAAAAACUAGUGAGGAUUAAAACAUCCUGGUUGCUAUCAACAAGCUAUGCUUUCUGCUGAUGUCUAAUUGCUGAACUACAAUUGUAACUUUGUUGGUCACAAGACCCUGCUUUACAUGAGCUAUAAUCUUGAGAAAAAAUUCUGGUCAGGGACAAUAGUGUUGGAUUGAGAUACAUCUUUUUUGUCAGUUAAAUUUCAAAGAUUUCUGUAUGUAUUCUAGAUUUAAAGAGGGAUUCCUCAGGUUGUUUUUGUUCUUUUGUUGCUUGCAUGUGUAUAUUUCAGAAUUUGUUGAGAUUUGAUAAUAUAUAAUGGAUGAAUUAAUGAAA